AUCCCCGAAAAAUACACAUAGACAACACUUUUGUUCUCUGCAUGAACAAAAAAAAAAACGCAUCAUUUCAAUCUGAUUCAGACAAGCUUUAAGAUUUAUCAUCAAAUUAUCAAAUUUGUGUUGUAUUUGAUUUUGAAGGUAGAAAAAGAUGGCUGAAGGGGGUCAUCAAUUAGCUGAUAAAACAGAGUUUACAGAAUGUUGGCGAAGAACAACUGAAUCACCUUAUAUUAUGCGUCUUGCUUUGUCUGCUGGUAUUGGUGGUCUUCUUUUUGGUUAUGAUACAGGUGUGAUUUCUGGUGCUUUGUUAUAUAUCCGUGAUGACUUUGAACAAGUUGAUAAGAAAACAUGGCUUCAGGAAACCAUUGUUAGUAUGGCUGUUGCCGGAGCUAUAUUUGGUGCUGCAUUUGGAGGAUACAUGAAUGACAAAAUGGGAAGAAAGAAAACUAUUAUGAUGGCUGAUGUGGUGUUCACAUUAGGUGCAUUAGUUAUGGCUGCUGCUCCUUUUCCUUGGGUUAUCAUUAUUGGAAGAGUUUUAGUUGGUUUAGGAGUUGGUGUUGCAUCCAUGACUGCUCCUCUAUAUAUCUCCGAAGUUUCGCCUGCUAAGAUUAGAGGAGCAUUAGUAAGUACCAAUGGUUUACUUAUUACCGGUGGUCAAUUCCUCUCUUACCUCGUCAAUUUGGCAUUUACCAAGGCACCUGGAACCUGGCGUUGGAUGCUUGGAGUUGCAGCGAUUCCCGCUAUAGUGCAGUUCAUAUUAAUGUUGUCCCUCCCCGAGUCACCUAGAUGGCUCUACAGACAGAGCAAGCAAGAGGAAGCAAAGGUUAUUCUGUCAAAAAUUUAUCGCCCUGAGGAAGUUGACGACGAGAUGAAAGCCAUGCAUGAAUCCGUCGAAGCCGAGAAGGCAGAAGAAGGCUUAAUCGGCCAAACUCUCGGACAAAAGCUAAAGGGUGCCUGGUCUAAUGAUGUAGUUCGAAGAGGGCUCUACGCAGGUAUCACUGUCCAAGUUGUUCAACAAUUUGUCGGUAUUAAUACAGUCAUGUAUUACAGCCCAACCAUAGUUCAGUUUGCUGGAAUCGCCUCCAACUCCACAGCACUUGCACUUUCCUUGGUUACUUCUGGUCUAAAUGCUUUUGGAACUAUAUUGAGCAUGAUUUUGAUUGAUAGAUUCGGAAGGAGAAAGUUGAUGCUCGUUUCCUUGGUCGGCAUCUUUGUUUCGCUUGUAAUAUUAAGUGUUACAUUCAACCAAGCAGCUCACCAUGCCCCUCCACUCAGUUAUAAAGAUUCCCUUAGCUUUGGUGGGAAUUCUACAUGCAAGGCUUAUACAUCUGCACCAAAUUUCUCGUCGUGGAAUUGUAUGCAAUGUUUGCAUGAAGAAUGUGCCUUUUGUGCCAGUAGCGAGAAUGAAUUUCUUCCGGGAGCGUGCUUGGCAGCAGAAAAGAAUGUCAGAGGCAUGUGUCGUGCAGAUAAUCGUGUAUGGUUUUCCCAAGGUUGUCCAAGCAGAAUUGGAAUCCUUGCAGUUAUAAUCCUUGGAUUCUACAUCAUAGCAUAUGCUCCUGGAAUUGGAACCGUACCUUGGGUUCUAAACUCCGAGAUUUAUCCAUUAAGGUUCCGAGGACUAGGUGGAGGUAUAGCAGCAGUUUUCAACUGGUGUGCUAAUCUAAUCGUGAGUGAGUCAUUCUUAAGCAUGAUAAAGGCUCUAGGAACUUCUGGAACAUUCCUCCUAUUCGCAGGAUUCUCUUUGAUUGGCCUUGUAGCCAUUUAUUUGUUAGUGCCGGAAACCAAAGGUCUUCAAUUCGAAGAGGUUGAGAAAUUGCUUCAGAAAGGAUUUAGACCUUUCCCGUUCAACAGUAAAAAGGAUGUCAGCAAAGGGAAGGAAGUAAUGGAAGAUGUAGCGUGAUCGUUAUGUGUUUCUGUUUAAGACAAAACAUGUUGUGUUUGGAUUAACGACAGAAAUAUGUUGCAAUAAAUACCAACUAUGUAUCAAUAAUGAUUUCAAUUUUCAAAAAAUGGACAUUAUUAUGAAUACAAUGAGGUUAUUUUGUAUACAAGUGUAAGAAUAUUUUACACAUGUUGGUAUCAAUUGAAAGGAGGAGGUUUGUGGACGUUGUUUUAAACAUCCAAGAUGAAGUUGUAGUAGAACCUAUUGGUUGAUGAUUGUCUGGUUAAUUUGUUCCAUGCUUAUCUAAUUAUUCUUUGUCUGCUCUC